AUGAAUUCAUCCGAACACUGUAAUGAGAAUAUCAGAAGACGACAAGCUGAAUAUAAAGAGAAACUCAAAAGACGAUGCUGGGAAGAGAAAAAGCUGAUUGAAGAGGUGCGCUAUAAGCGAUCAUGUAUCAGACUAGCACCGACGUUUCUUUCGGAAAAAGAGAUCCAGAAAAGGAUAGAAGACUUCAUAAGGAUAGUAAUUAGACUGACCCGCUCGAAUAACAUCGGUAAGGAAUAUGGCGACCUUAGAGGAAGCCGACCAGACUACUUUGCCAGGAUGGAAGCGGCACUGUACAAGUCUCGCAUUGAAAUUAUGCGACUGGAAGCUUGCAAUACUAUGGAAAGAAUACGGAGUGCAGGCGAAGGACUAGCAAUGACAUACGACCUGUUCAGGUUGCUUGUUCGGGCUAAAGAUGCAUCAGAAGAGUCACAAGAACAAUUCUACGAAAGGGAAGAAGAAGGAGUGCUACUGGAUCCAAAAUUCGCCUUUAACUUCGUCAGGAAAGAGCUCGACUUCUUCGAUAAUCUCAAGCUGCAAAUGGACACUGAAGUAAAGGAAGCUGAACUUCAAUUGGAAACCGAAAAUCGCGAAGGUGCAUUCCAGCAACUCGAAGACUUGAUUUCCAAAGUACGGCGCGAUGUUAGCGAAAGGUGCAUGGAAGUGAAAGAACAGCUAAGUAAGCAGAACGACGUCAUCAAGUAUGUCCUGGAAGGUAUUGGUUCGCUCGGAGAAACAAUCAAUGAUCUCACAAAGAAAGCGAUCGAGCAGCCGCAAGCCAUCCCAGAAGUGCUGGAAAUGGAAGUCGAUGACAAGGAAAAUAAGGAAAGCUUGGAGGAAAUUGAGCCUGAAGCAAUCGAGGAUGGCGAAAUUGAAGAAAACUUAACUGAUUAUGACGUCGACGAAGAUGCAUCCCACAAAGGUUCAAGAAGAGAAUCCAUCGAUGUAAGUGAUGCAUAUUCAAAAAGGACAUCUAACAGCAAAAACGCAUCGCAAACAAACAAUCACGGUACAUCAUUUCACAAGAAACAAAUAGAAGAUAGAAUGGCAGAGCUCAAGGUUCUGAUAAAAGAUGGAGCCGCAAUUCCGGAAAGAACACUGUGCCAUGCAAACUUUAAGAGGGAACAGGAACGUUACAUGAGAUGCGCAUUCUGCCUCGCCAAAGGGCAACAUUACAGUGAUUGCUGCCCCAUCGUGUCUACUGUUGAAGCACGAAGGAACAGAAUUCGCUGUCGAUCUUGUCUAGACACGUGGCAUAGUUCCCACAGAUGCAAUAGACCAAAGAGACGUUGCAACUAUUGUCACUCCGAAGACCAUCAUACGGCCUUGUGCAUAAUGCCGGAGCGUAUGAAAGACUACUACCAUGAAUAUGAUGAGCUCCGCGAGGAACUAGAAACAUUCGAGCAAUACGACGAGCCUUCAACUUCUGGUGCGGUGGAGUAUUACGAAGGUGAUAGACAGUAA